AUGUCUGGCCAGGUGGAUUCAGAAGAUCUCCAAGUAGAUCUUAUGAUGCCCUCAUCCACAUACGGCAGCCACAUCCCAACCACGUCUAAGGCAACUACGGCUGAUACCGACGCCAAUGUCAACCGAUGGAAGGAAGACAACGUGGAAGAGAAUAAAGCAGUCAGUGGGGGAAAAUCAUCAAAUGCAACACGAUCGUGUCAUGACCUCACCGUCUUCGAAGAAUCGGAACACCUCGUGACAGCUGAUGAUGUAAGCUCGUCAAUGUUCACCGAUAGUGUACUGACAGGAAUUGAGGCACCCGAAAAGGCGACCAUACUAAUGGAUUGUGAAUCUUGGAGAUACGCCGAUGAAGACGCGGAGAGUAGGGAUGCUGACUUGGAUUCCUGCCAAUAUGAAACGGUUUUCGGACGAGUUCUCGCCGCUGUACUAGCUGACGUUAUUGCAACAUUCGCAUCGAAAUGCUUAUGUUGCACCCAAGCAGCUUAA